UGAGACGCGGGCGGCCUCUGUUUCCUGGGCGGCGACGGCGGCGGCGCUCCCGAAAUGUCGCAGACGGCCAUGUCGGAGACCUACGAUUUCCUGUUUAAGUUUUUGGUCAUUGGAAAUGCUGGAACUGGCAAAUCCUGUUUGCUUCAUCAGUUUAUUGAGAAGAAAUUCAAAGAUGACUCAAAUCACACUAUAGGAGUGGAGUUUGGUUCAAAGAUAAUAAAUGUUGGAGGCAAAUAUGUAAAACUGCAGAUAUGGGAUACAGCUGGACAAGAACGGUUCAGAUCAGUAACACGAAGCUAUUACAGAGGUGCUGCAGGUGCCUUGCUUGUUUAUGACAUCACCAGUCGAGAAACCUACAACGCGCUUACCAACUGGCUGACAGAUGCAAGGAUGUUAGCAAGUCAGAAUAUUGUAAUAAUAUUAUGUGGGAACAAGAAAGAUCUUGAUGGAGAUAGGGAAGUCACUUUCCUAGAAGCAUCCAGAUUUGCUCAAGAAAAUGAGCUGAUGUUUUUGGAGACAAGUGCAUUGACAGGGGAGAAUGUUGAAGAAGCCUUUGUACAGUGUGCAAGAAAGAUACUUAAUAAGAUUGAGUCAGGUGAACUGGAUCCUGAAAGGAUGGGCUCAGGAAUUCAAUAUGGAGAUGCUGCUUUGAGACAGCUAAGAUCUCCACGGAGAGCACAGGCUCAGAGUGUUCAAGAAUGUGGCUGUUAAAUGCAAGCAACAAAGACGCUUCUUGUUUUAUGAAACAAAAGCUCUCCUUUCAAAUAAUUCAUGGAAAAACUGCCGUUGGUGCAAGAAUUUGCAUUUUUAGAACUCCUUUUUGAUUCAACAAAAUGGAACAUAUGGCAUUUUUUUAAAAAAAAAAAAAAAAGUACAGUGGAAUGGCAGAGCAACACCACAAAAAAGAACAUUUGGUAAUACAGUGGACAAUAUUCAGAUAUAAAAUACUUGUACGUAAAUACUUUCUGUUACAUAUUUGUGUUUCUUAUUGUUACUUAAAAACACUGGUGUAUCACAUGUAUAUACAACAUUGUCAUUAAAUUUCCAAAGCAUGAUAUACUGACAUGAUAUUGCACUAACACUGUUUUUUUUUAAUUAACUAAAAUUUCAACUCUGGUAGGCAUUAUCAUGUUUCAGGGUUAUUUUUGUUUUUUGUUUUUUUUACAAAGGCUUUUAUUUAUGAGUUGACAUCGAAAGCUACUGGCAUUGACUGCCAAGUUUUUUAUUUGCCACUUUCUACAGGGGCUUACAUAAACUAUUUUUUGAAAACUGUUAGGUCAUAUGUUUACUAAUCUGCAUACUGAAAAGAACUUUUUUUUUUUACUGAAGCGUGAUUGUUCUUGUUUCUUGAAAUGCUUAAAUGUAUUCCAGUUUGUCAAAUGUAAGCUAUAAAUACAGUUGUGAAUUCAGAGUUUGCUGCUUGUCUGAAGUUGACCGGGGAUUUAUUUUAUUUUUUUUACAUUUUAGACUGCAACUAAGAAUUGUAGUUUCAGGUAAAAAGAUAAUGCCGUCCUUUUUUCCCUCCAGAGAAGUGUUUGAAGUUGUCAAUCACCAUUAUCUGAUUUUUUUUAAAAAAAAAAAAUUAAAAUAAUUUCUACAUAUAAGUUUGUUCAGAUUAUACUCAGUUAAAAAUAAUGUUAAUGAAAAGUAGGAUAGUUCCAUCUGAAAGAGAAUUGCUUUAAUACCUAUCCCUCUUAUAAACUGUAAGUUUGUGGAAGCUUAAUCUAGAAAUGCAACUGGACUAGACAAAGUUAUAUAUUUCUAUGGUAAACCUGCGCAAAGCUCCAUCUUCUCAUGAAAACCUUUCUGUGCCGCUGAAAGAAAACCAUUUUGCUUUCAUAGUAGACUAAUGGACAUCACUUGGGAAUAUGAAUUUUUGACUUUGCUGAAGAGACUAUAAAAGUGGCCUCUUUGAAUAUUCCUAAUAUAUUUGAAGAGCACCAUUUUUUGUUUUGGAAACUGAGACAGCAUAUGAGAAUUCUGGAUAAUUGAAAGCUUUUAUGUGGACAAGCAAGGGGGGGAAAUCUAUUGUUUCCAUAUCCAUUAAAAAAGCAGCUUUUCAGCUGCUUUAUACCUGAAGAAGUAUAAAUAUUAGUAUUAAUAUCAGUUAAACCUACUGCCUUAGAGCCAAAAUAGAUGAAUCGACAUGAACAUUCUUUGUAUAUUUGAAGUGCAGCCACAAUGAGGUGAUGAGUGUAAUUAAAGCUGCGGGUCAUUUUCAGUGGUCACUGGUUAGCCAACAAGGAAAGACCUAAGCACUUUUAUCAACUGUUUUGUUUUAAAUUUGUUUAAUUGAAAUAUGGGCAUGCCUCAUCCUAAUAUCAUCCAGGGCAUUUUUGUAACAAAAAAUAACUUUGGAGGAAAAAACCCUUAGUGAAAGUCCUAACAGCCCAUGCAAUACAAAAUAUUUCAAGAGUUGCAAACAAAGUCUAGUAGCCAGACAUUAAGACUAAAGUUCAUAUUAAAUAGUUUACUAAUCAUUAUUAUUGUUACAAAACUACAAGAAAAUUAAACUGAGUACCAAAAGAAGGAAUGUGUAGUCAGAUUUUGCCUGGUACCUAAAAUAAAAGAUAGCAUAAAUUGAUCAUUGUUAGGGAUGCGUUCCAUCAUUCAUAUGCAUAGAUUACCCACCUGUAAAGAAAGUUCUACCUGUCCACCAAAUUUAUAAUCCCUUUGUGAUAAAACAUGGGUCAUGUUUUUUUUUAAUGGACAUCUGGGUGAAAUUGGUUUUGGUCUUUCUUUGUGGUCAUGGUGAAUUGAUUAUACGGGUUAUACAAGUUAAUGUUAAGAAUAUAAAAUGAUUUGAGAUAAAUGGGAAUCUUCACUUGUAGCAAUUUGUUUUUAAAAAGUCAAAGUCAACAAGAAUAAAGUGUACUGAUGUUGGCAAA